GCCAGGCGCAGCGCACAAGGCGCGCCGCCCGGCCCCAGAACGGUUGGCGGCUCUUCGUGAUUGGCUGGCGCUCGAGGGGCCUAUAUAAGGCGCGGGGCGGCCAGUCCGCCCUCAGUUAGCGACCGGACUUGAAACUGUGCAGUCGUCUUAUGUGUAGAGGUUAGCAGGUCAGUGCGCGCGUCACUGGAGUCGUUUCUCCUCGUAGUCUUCGGAUUUCGAGGGUCCACCCACGGGGCGGGCUUGUUUACGCCUCUUCCCUCCCAGCUUCCGAACGUGCGACGGGGCUUACCCCUCUCACCUCCGCGCCAGCCCUGGGAAAGGGGGAGGCAGGAUGGAGUUCAAGUUGGAGGCUCACCGCAUCGUCAGCAUUUCUCUGGGCAAGAUCUACAACUCGCGGGUCCAGCGCGGCGGCAUCAAGCUGCACAAGAACCUACUGGUCUCGUUGGUGCUGCGCAGCGCUCGCCAGGUAUACCUGAGUGACCCGUGCCCCGGCCUCUACCUGGCCAGCCCCGCGGGGAGCCCAGUGGCGCCGCCGCAGCAGCCCCGGGAGCCGGCGGCCAGGCCACCCGCGGGCUGGGAGGAGCCGCCCUCGCCGGCUGCCCGCGCCACCUGGCAGGAGACGGAGCCGCAGCCGGAGCGCCCCGCCACCCCAGGCGAGCGGCGGACGGAUGGCGCGGAGCCCGCGGCUUCUGUGACGGGGACCGGCGAUGCUCUUCGGGGUGGAGAGGCGGAGGCGGCGGAAGCUGCUUGGCGCCGCGUGGAGGGACCACGCGAGGCAGAGGCCGGAGAACCUGGGGGUCCCGCCGGAGACUCGGACGUUUUCCCCGAGGGGCCUCGGGCUGCGCGCCGCCACUGCUGCUGCGCCCCAGGCAGGGAGGACAAGCCCGGCACGCCGACCGGGUCCCCUCGCGUUGACUGCUGCUGCAUGUCCCGGCCCGCCGAGGACGAGCCCCCCGCGCCGCCCCCGGUCUGCCCCAGGAAGCGCGGCGCGACAGGGGUGGGCGGCGGCACCGCGGGCUGCCCGGCGCCCGGCUCGACCCCGCAGAAGAAGCCCCGCCGGAACUUGGAGGAGCAGCCGGGCGGGGGAGAAGAGGAGGAGGAGAUGGAGACCGGUAACGUGGCGAACCUCAUUAGUAUCUUCGGUUCCAGCUUCUCGGGACUCUUACGGAAAAAAAGCCCCGGGGGCGGCCGAGAGGAAGAAGAGGGCGAGGAGAGCCGGCCGGAAGCCGCUGAGCCCGGGCAGAUCUGCUGCGAUAAGCCGGUGCUGAGAGACAUGAACCCUUGGAGCACAGCCAUCGUGGCCUUCUGAGCCGCCCCCCGGGUCCCUGUGAGGGAAAGAGGUUGAGCAGUGGGCGUCCUCGAAGUGAGGGCUGGGCCUCUCCUGGCUCCGAGGACCCCCACAAACCGUCGGCGCUGGGCGCGUUGGGGAGACUGGUUGCUGCCGGGCAGCAGAAACUGCCCUUGAGCUUGGCAGCCCUGCUGUGCCAUGACUCUCGGGAGUCACAUCUUGAGACUUGGGAGUUGAAGGGUUUUGGGAGGAAAACAAUUGUUAACUUUUGUGUAUGUGUAUGUCUGUGUGUAUGUAAGUUUGUCUUGUUGAAGUAAGACUAUUUUGUCCUUGAAUGCAUCACCCCUUCCCCGGGGCUUAAGAGAUCGGGGGCAGACAGGGACUUUCCUCUGCUGACAGCACCGAGAAGGAAGCGGAGAAAAUGGGGAGUUCCCCAUUCGUUCUCAGGGGAGGAAGGGACUUUACACACACCCCUCACAUGAAAGCUAGAACCCCACCGGGGCCUGGAGUGGCGUUUCCUCACAGGAUUUCCUAAGACUAGAGGGAUUUAGUCUGGAGCUAGAGACUUGUAUUAUUUCCCUCCCUCUCCACCUUUCUGUCUCACUGAAGAAACGUUUAUACCCUGUGAUUAACUCUGGGAAAGGGAAUAUUAACAGCCCUUCUCUUCCUCACAGGGUAGAAAGCUUGAUAAACUUCACAGAAGAGUUCAAGCUUGGAAAUAGGGAGUUUAUAGAGAAAAGAUAUAUUUUUAAAAGCUCUAGGUCAGAACUACUACACAGUGCUUUUAAAAAGUGUUGAAUGAAACAAAGUUUACAGACAGAAGCCCUAAGUGGAAAGACCUUAUGGUUUUGUAGACAUGGUGACUCCAGCCUUUGUUGUAUAAAGGUUGGGGGAGCUGAUAAGGUUUUUGUACAGUAUUUUCUCCUUCAAUGUAUUGAUUUUUGUAUAAAAAUGUAACUUUACGUGUCCAACACGUAUUAAAUAUUUUGAAGCAACUUCACUGGCUCCUUGUCUGCUGUAAUCACCUGUCUCUGUUGGGAAGGAAGUAGGAGGAGGGGGGAACUAAGGUCUCCACCAGAAAAUUGAAGGUGUGGUUCUUAAUAUCAGUCAUGUACAGACUGGGGGACAUUGUUUGCUGACUUCACUAAAUAUCAAGAGACGUUUAAGGUUUUCCCUCCAGAUCAGUGGGCUUUUAUUAGAAUAUCAGUAGUCUGCCUGUUUCUUGAAACCUGCCACUACACUGUCCUUUAAAAAUCAAUUUAGGCCAGUUUGAUUUUCUAUAGACCAGUUUAAUUAUAUCUGUUUUAAUAUUAAGUGACUUAAGCAUCAACUUUUGAAGCCCUUCUCAUCUACAAAAAUAUUUUUCACCCAAACUUUCUUUUAGUCCCUGUUAAACUAUAAAGCAUGGGUUGUCUUUCAGCUUUGUUAUUGAAAAAAAAUGUUUAGAUAGUAGCUUUCUUUAGAAGUCUAGUAGAACUAUGAGGAAGCAAAUGAGACUGACCUGUCGAACUGGUCAGGUCCACCUCUGCAUUCCAGUGGAUGUCAGGAUGGAAAUUUUAAGGUUUUUUUUUUUUUUUUUUUUUCCCCUUUUAUAGAUAGAAAGCAAAUGCCUCAGUGAAAGGGAAACUGCUUGUUUCAAACCAGAUAAGGUAGGAGGCCAAGGAGGCCUAGACAAAUUUGGCUUCUCAUUUAGCAAAACUUCCUGAUUUGCUUUUGUAACACAAAUGAUGACAUCAGUGUUUGGCUCAUGGUAAACAGGUGAUGACAACCAAGUCAUUAGUUGAUUUUUAUUAAAAUUAAUGCAUUCAAGAGAGCUUUUUGUCUAGGAAAAAAUGGUCAGUAUUUGAAGUGUACUGAAUAUUUCAGAAGCAAACCAAUUAGAGAAUGUGUCUUAAAAUAUGGUAGUACUUUAAAAGAUGGUACUGGUCUAUAACAACUUAUGAAUAAAUAGGGUGUCUAAGAUGUGGGAGAAACUGAAGAAAGAUUAGACACAGCUUUAAGUAAAGGUUGUGGCCUUUGAAGGAGCCCUGGUGGCACAGUUGUUAAGUGCUUGACUUCUAAAUGAAAGGUUGGUGGUCAAACCCACCACCCACUCUUUGGGUAAAGAUUUACAGCCUUGGAAACCGUAUGGGGUGGUUCUGCUCUGUCCUAUAUGGUUGCUAUGAGUCAGAAUUGACAGCAACAGAUAAAAUUUUUUUUGGUUUAUGGCCUUUGAGCAAAAGGAGCACAUUCAUGGUGCCUUGGCUUUCCCAAAAUCCUGAGUAUUUGAAGUUCUGUCAUAGCUCAGUUGGCCAGUAUUUUGAUAUUUUUGUAAAACUAUUAGUGGUUCCCUAAGCAUAAGGGUUCAAAAACAACUUCUAAUUUUAUGUCCAUCACUGUAAUGUGGUCCUAGAAUUAAACAUUCUUUAGUUAGGCUCUUGUUAAAAUUGACUUAUUUUGUUUUUUUUCCCAGAGAUUAGCUACCUAAGUUCUAUCAUAGCCACAAAAGAUCCACUUAGUACUGACUACUUAAACUGAAGAAGGUGUUCAGGGCCUUAAUUCUGCAAACAUUUCCUGUUGUUAGAAGGUAAUUAUGCUCAAACAGCUAUCUCAGUGCAUUUUUAUAUUUGAAGAAGGGGUAACAUUUGGUGUAUUGAAGGGAGUUGAUAUGAUUUAGGUGAGAAUAAAGUUUCCUAUUGAUCCUUAGUCUCACAUUAAAAUGAACCAUGGGACCAUGUGUCUGCUUAAUUUAGAGACUGUAAAUUGGCAUAUUUAAUAGGGGAUACAGCCUUGUAGGGAAUUAGAGAAGAUAAUUUUACUUCACUAUUGUUUUAGAAGCACUAUGUGUAGUGGUUAGAGCAUGGGCUCUGGAACCAGACUGCCUGGAUUUGUAUCUUGGUUCUGCCGCUUAUUAGCUAUGGGACCCUGAACAAGUUACUUCUCUGUGUGCCUCAGUUUUCUCAAAUGUGAAAUUGGGAUAAUUGUACCUCCCUCAUAGGGAUGUGAAAAUUAAUGUAUAUAAAGCUCUUAGAAAAUUACCUGAUACGUACUGCUAAGCACUCAAUUAUUAUAGAAAUGAAUUCUGUGUAUAACUGAGAUCUGUUAUGGUUAAAGAAUUGUCUGUAUGUGU